UUCUGUGCGCUCGCACUGCUGCCUUCCCCCUUCCCCGGCGGAAGUCCCGCCCCUGACGGCCUGCGCGCGCGGCCAUUGGCUUCCCGUUCACCCUCCGUCCCGCUUCGGCCGGGCUGGAGUCACCUUGGUCCCGGGCGCGAGAGGAGCCCUCAUGGCGGCGGCGGGCGCUGCUGGCGGGGCCGGGCCGGCGGGGGCAGUAGCCGCCCCCGCGAAGCCCAAGACGUCGCCCAAGUCCAUCAAGUUCCUCUUUGGGGGUCUCGCCGGCAUGGCAGCCACAGUGUUUGUACAGCCCCUGGACCUGGUCAAGAACCGGAUGCAGCUGAGUGGGGAGGGUGCCAAGACAAAAGAGUACAAGACCAGCUUCCACGCUGUGGGUAGCAUCCUCAAGAAGGAGGGCAUCCGGGGCAUCUACACCGGGCUGUCUGCUGGCCUCCUGCGCCAGGCCACCUACACCACCACCCGCCUGGGCAUCUACACCAUCCUCUUUGAGAAGCUCACCUCGUCGGAUGGGACGCCCCCUAACUUCUUCAUGAAAGCAGUGAUUGGGAUGACAGCUGGCGCCAUUGGGGCCUUCGUUGGCACUCCUGCCGAGGUGGCACUCAUCCGCAUGACAGCUGAUGGAAGGUUGCCUCCUGACCAGAGGAGAGGCUACACAAAUGUCUUCAAUGCGCUUCUGCGGAUAACUCGCGAAGAGGGGGUGCCCACGCUCUGGAGGGGCUGUGUUCCCACCAUGGCUCGAGCGGUGGUUGUCAACGCUGCCCAGUUGGCUUCUUACUCACAGUCCAAGCAGUUCCUGCUCGAUUCUGGUUACUUCCGGGACAACAUCUUGUGCCACUUCUGUGCCAGCAUGAUCAGCGGGUUGGUGACAACAGCGGCCUCCAUGCCGGUGGACAUUGCCAAGACCAGGAUCCAGAACAUGCGGAUGAUUGAUGGGAAGCCAGAGUACCGGAAUGGGCUGGACGUGCUGGUGAAAGUGAUCCGCUACGAGGGCUUCUUCAGCCUAUGGAAAGGCUUCACUCCCUACUAUGCCCGCCUCGGCCCCCACACAGUCCUCACGUUCAUCUUCUUGGAGCAGAUGAACAAGUUCUACCAGAAGUUCUUUCUCAGUGCCUGAGGCGGCCGGGGGGGGAGAGGGGGGGGAAAGGAUGGACUCUGACCCCCCACCCCACCUCCUUUCUCAAGUCCCAUGAGCACAUCCCC